AUGCUGCCCCGCUGUGCAGUCAGGGUGUGCCAUGUGCUUGUGUUGGUGCUGUGUCUGUCUGCGGCUGAGGACUUCGACUGGACAAAGAACGACCGCGGCUCCUUCUAUUAUGGCACUUUUCCAGCUGGAUUUUCGUGGGGUGCCGGCAGUUCAGCCUAUCAGACAGAAGGAGCCUGGGACAAAGAUGGAAAAGGACUGAGCAUCUGGGAUGUGUUCACCCACAAGAAAGGCAAAGUCCAGCGUAAUGAGACAGGGGAUUCCUCUUGUGAGGGCUACUACAAAAUCAAGGAUGACAUCUCUUUGAUGAAGGAGCUAAAGCUGAACCACUAUCGUUUCUCCAUCUCCUGGCCUAGAAUCAUUCCGACUGGCAUUAAGUCUGAUCAUGUAAAUGAGAAAGGAAUCCAGUACUAUGACAAUCUGAUAGACCAUCUGCUGGAGAGCAAGAUCACCCCCAUUGUCACCCUGUAUCACUGGGAUCUUCCACAGGUUUUGCAAGAGAAAUAUGGAGGGUGGCAGAACAUCAGCAUGGUCAAUCAUUUCAAUGAUUUUGCUAACCUGUGCUUUGAGAGAUUUGGAAACCGAGUGAAGUACUGGAUCACUUUCAACAACCCGUGGUCAGUAGCUGUUGAAGGCUAUGAGACAGGUGAGCAUGCUCCUGGACUGAAGCUGAGAGGAACUGGGGCCUACAGGGCUGCCCAUCACAUGAUAAAGGCACACGCUAAAGUUUGGCACACAUAUGACACUCAGUGGAGGGCCAAACAAAAAGGUCUGAUUGGCAUCUCUCUGUCUGGGGACUGGGGAGAGCCGGUGGACAUCGGAAACCAGAAAGACAUUGAAGCCGCUGAGAGAUACGUCCAGUUCUACCUCGGCUGGUUUGCCACACCCGUCUUCCAUGGCGACUACCCUCAAGUGAUGAAAGACUUCAUUGGCAAAAAGAGUGGCCAACAGGGUCUGGGAACGUCUCGCCUGCCCACAUUCUCCUCCCAAGAGAAGAGCUACAUCAAGGGCACCUGUGACUUCCUUGGCAUUGGUCACUUCACCACCCGCUACAUCACCCAAAAGAACUACCCAGUGGGCCGUAGUGGCAGCAGCUACUUCACCGACCGAGACCUGGCUGAGCUGGUUGACCCCCGCUGGCCAGACCCCGGGUCUGAGUGGCUCUACUCUGUGCCAUGGGGCUUCAGGCGUCUGCUUAAUUUUGUCAAGACUCAGUAUGGGAACCCAAUGAUCUAUGUGACAGAGAACGGCGUGUCUGAGAAGAUGUUAUGCACAGAGCUCUGUGACGACUGGAGGAUACAGUAUUACAAAGACUACAUCAAUGAAAUGCUAAAAGCUAUCAAAGAUGGCGUCAAUGUGAGGGGCUACACUGCGUGGUCCCUGCUGGACAAGUUUGAGUGGGACGAGGGCUACUCUGAGAGGUUUGGCUUGUACUAUGUGGACUUCAGGAACAAAAACAAGCCCCGCUAUCCCAAGGCUUCCGUUCAGUACUACAAACGCAUAAUCAGCUCAAAUGGAUUCCCCAAUCAGAGAGAGGUUGAGAACUGGAGAAAGAAGGCGAUUGAGACUUGUUCUUCCAGUAACCAGCUCUUAGCUGCAGAGGAACAGCGGAGUACUGCUGCCAAUAUUCUAAGACUUAUACAUGACCCUUUGACCAGCCACAUGGAGAUGGUAACUGAGAUUGUUGUUCCCACUGUGUGCACACUCUCUAUUUUACUCAGUGCCAUUUUCCUUAUGUUCCUGCUGCGGAGGCGGAACUAGAAAUCAGCUCUCAAAGUAUGCAUGUUCACCAGCAUAAACAUAUGUAUACACACAUACAUACAUGCAUCUUGUAUAGGCAUAAUUUCUUUAAUUUGUCAUGUGUGAGCAUAU